CAUCGAGAUCGAGGCUGUUAACUUCAUCUGUUUGUAAAUAUUCACGACUAUCCGACUAUCCGACUAUCUGACCAUAAUAAAGUUGCAUUGUGGACGAAAUUGUGCUUAAUGACAGCGUAAGUGGUUGGAAUAUUCUGGUGGAUAGUUUUCACGCGAUGAGAGAACAAGCAAGGGAAAUAUUAUCUUGAAAAAGUCAACAUUCCCGAAGCCUGCUUGCUAGGCCCAAGCCAGAAGUCUUCACUUCAGAUAUGAGGCCAUUUGACAUUCUUUUUAUUUUGAUAUUGACUGCGUGUAGUAGAAUAAUAGAAUGUUCGCCUCUUGGACAAAAUGAAAGCAGCCAUGAGAAUCCUUUUAAGACUCCGGUUGUUAUAUUAAUUUCUUUUGAUGGUUUUAGAUGGGAUUAUUUUGACCGCACAAAACUGGAAAAUUUCAAUUAUAUCGUAAAAAAUGGCGUGAAAGCAGACAGCCUUCAAAGUAGCUUUAUUACGAAAACCUUCCCAAAUCAUUUUACAAUUGUAACUGGUGUUCAUGAAGAAACACAUGGCAUAGUCGCAAAUAAAAUGUUUGAUCCAGUUUUUAAUGAAACUUUCUAUCCAAAUAAUACAGAGUCAAAAUGGUGGGAUGCAGCUUUACCAAUAUGGAUAAAGAAUGAAAUGCAUCGCGACGAAAAUAAUAACACUGUCAAAUCUGAGAAGAAAGGUAACAAUAAAAAACGGAAGAGUGCUGCAAUAUUUUGGGUUGGUUCAAAUGUUAAGUACAAUGGACAACUUCCCUACUUUUAUUUUCCAAUUUACAAUGGCAGCUACCCCUUUGAAGAUCGCUUUGAUCUUAUCGUUAGACUUUUGAAAGAAGAAAAUCCCCCUAAUUUCAUAGCUUGCUACAUUAGCGAACCAGAUGCUACUGGACAUAAACAUGGCCCUGAUUCAAUAGAAGUCACCAAAGUGCUUUUACAACUUGACAAGCUCCUUGGUGUUUUUCUCAAGAAAUUAAAAGAGAACAGGUUUCUUGACUUUGUGAAUCUGGUAAUUGUUAGUGACCAUGGCAUGGCAAGUAUUGAACCAAAUCAUCAAAUCGCUUUGAAUGAUUUCAUAGAUCAAAGCUGGUAUAAUGCAGUGAAUAUAGAUGUAUUUGCAUCAAUUAUACCAAAGGCAAAUUUCACUGGAAAAGUAUUCAACCAGUUGAAAAGAGUCCCACAUUUAACAGUUUAUUUGAAGGAAGAAAUACCCACAGAACUGCACUACAAAGAAAAUCGCAGAGUUCAAAGAAUUCUAGCUAUUGCAGAUGAAGGAUAUUUGAUAACUUUAAAUAGGACAGUGGUUACACACACAACUGGCAAUCAUGGCUACCUGAACAGUUUUAAAUCAAUGCAUGGUAUAUUUAUUGCAGCUGGUCCUGCAUUUAAAAAGAACUACACAGGCAAGACAUUCUCUAAUGUACAUAUUUAUGCACUGCUGUGUAGUGUUCUUGGCAUCGAACCAUCUCCUAAUAAUGGUUCCUUAUCUGAAGUUGAACAUUUCUUAGUUAAAGCACUAAAGACACGGAGAGUCUUUGAUAUCCUUUCUUUCAAAAUAACAAUAGUAGCUCUGAUAACUAUUUUUGUAAUCGUGUCACUAAUUGGAAUCAUUUUGCAGUGUAGAGGAUCCAAACAUUAUACCCCUGCGGGGUAUGUUCAAGCAUCUAGGUCUAAGGAUGGUAUUUAUUUGUAUGACUUAACUGAAGAUUUUGCAUUGAAUGAAGAAUCUAGUGAAGAAGAUUAAAGUGUUGAGACAUCAUUGUAUUGUCUUCCUUAGUCUUUUUUAUACUUUGCUCAUUGGUCUUGUUUUGUCCACUGAUACUGUUCCAACUGAUCAAUUAAAUAGUCUCCAUGUAUAUGUUUUCUUUUACUCCAUAACUGAUUGAAAGAAGUCCCGCUAGAAACAUCUUUUAAUAUUAAACAAUUUGCAGCAAUGUUUUAAGUCAGAGGAUUUGUACGAAGGGGCAUUAUUAUCGAGGAACUCUCUCAAUAGCUAAGCUAGCUGAGGAGAGAGAACAGAAAAUGAGGAGAGAGCAAUUUUUUUAACAGUGUCUACUUUAGCCUGCUUUAUAAUUAUUGAUAGAAUGUAGGGUCAGACUUAACAAGUGUCUAAUGAUUUAAUUGAAAAGUUGGGACUGUACGAUGUGCUUUUUUUAUCCCACAAAUAAUUUUGAAAUUUUAUUCUCCUAUUAAGAAAUUAUUCAAUCUGAGCAAAGUCAAAAACCUUUUGAUGUUCAACUCAGUUUAGAGUACUACUUAUCCUUUAUGGCUCUAGAUAUGAUCAUUCUUUUAUUUAAUUAUGUCAUGUGGGAACAAGAAAGUUUGAUUGACAUGUAUUUAUUCUGUCCCUCAAAUAUGUAAUUUUGUUAAACACAGAAAUAAGGCGGUUUUUGUUUUGCUCAAGAUUUUCUUUCAAGAAUGGUAACUUUGUAGUCAUACAUUUAUUUUUAUUUUAAUAAAAGUGAGAACAA